CACAAUAUUGCCCUUGACCUGACAUAAAAACAAACGUGAGUCGGAUCUGGUGCUAUCACGUAUACGUCAGUUCAAUGGACACCGUACAGGCAUAGACUAAUCCUCGUGGUUUGGGAGGAAGUCCACAUUUUGCAGGGAAACGCGGAAACACAGUUGUGAAAAGGAAACACAGAGAUAUCCCCAGCGGAGGAGGGACACAUCUUCAAGUGUAGAACACUAGAAUGGCUGACACAAAGCAGAGGCUGGGGAGAUGGUAUUUUGGGGGGUUUGCCAGUGCAGGUGCAGCCUGUUGCACCCACCCGCUAGAUUUAUUGAAGGUUCACCGUCAGACACAACAGAAGGAGCGGAUUGGUCUGGUAAAGAUGGCUGUGAGGGUGGUCAAGUCUGAUGGGGUGUUUGGACUUUACAAUGGACUCUCUGCCUCCGUGCUCAGACAGUUGACCUAUUCCAUGACAAGGUUUGCCUUGUACGAAACAGUGAAGAAGAGGCUGGCAGCGGACGGCAAGACAAUGCCGUUUUAUCAGAAAAUCCUAGUAGCAUCAGUUUCCGGAGCAACAGGGGGGUUUGUGGGGACACCGGCAGAUAUGGUCAAUGUCAGAAUGCAGAAUGACAUCAAACUGCCCCCUGAACAAAGGAGAAACUACAAGCAUGCCAUAGAUGGACUGUAUCGUGUGUUUCGACAUGAGGGUGUUUUGAAACUGUUUUCAGGGGCAUCCAUGGCCAGUUCCAGGGCCAUCUUUGUUACUGUCGGGCAGCUGGCCUGCUACGAUCAGAUUAAAGGGAUACUGUUGAACACUUCAGUGUUUGAAGACAACCUCAUCUUACAUUUCACAUGUAGUGUUAUGGCAGGUACUAUAGCAACGUUUUUGACUCAGCCUCUCGAUGUGAUGAAGACGAGGAUGAUGAAUGCUAAACCGGGCCAGUAUAAAAAUUUGUUAGCCUGUUUCCUUGAUAUAGGAAAGGUUGGACCUUUAGGAUUUUUUAAGGGCUUCAUCCCAGCGUUUGUAAGACUGGGACCCCAUACUGUACUCACCUUCAUCUUCUUUGAGCAGCUGAGGCAGAACUUUGGAGAAAUAAAGGCGUGAUCUCAUUUUGCUGGAGCAGGUGCUUGUCAAGAGAAUGAAAUCUCAGGGUCACCUCCACAGUUGUAAUUAGGUUGCCUUGUUUUACAAGUUUUAAACAAUGUAGAUAUGUGAAGGCCAGACCAGUGUUUUUUCGUGAUUUGGGGAAUUUAGAGGAGAAAAUGCCAGUGCCUUUUGUUUGAAAAAAAGAACAAUAGGGUCAGGGUAGACCAGAGAUUAUUUGCAAAGGCAAUAGUAUAGAAGCUUCAAAAUAAAUAUCACAAUGUUUGGGAGGAUAUUUUUAGAAUGUCUGUCGAUGAGAAGUAAACUUGUUCCAUCAUCAUGGAAAAAUGUGUUUGGGUUAAGUUUGUUUUGGUUUUAAAGCAAGCAGGUGGUUCUAUUUUAACAAAUUCGAUGGUAACUCCUCACUGUCACAAGAAACAGGAGCUGGUCUGGCUGAAAUGCCUUUUGUAAUUACGCAGCAAUACAUCAGUUCUAAUCACAUGUCCAUAGAAGACUAUUGUCAUCACCAUAAUUACCAGCCUAAUCGGAUUGCUGUAAGGUUUUACUUUGAUUGCUGUAAGGUUUUACUUUGAUUAGACUGCCAACACUGCCUUCAAUGAUUUUUCAAACUGUUUCUCAUUAGAAAUUAUUGUUCCAUGUUCUUCAAAAGUGCCCUGGAGAGAUUUGCUAGCAUUUGUUUACGACUCUUAGUAAGAUCAAGGAUUUAACAGAAA